UCAGCAAUUUACUUCCGGGGUGUUCAUUGUUCAAGAUGUCGGACGCAGACAAAGGAAUCAGCGAAGCGUGUGAGAAAAAUGAUAGUUUGACAGGAUUUAAAGUACGAGAAUUGAAAAGCUACUUGGCUAGCCGUAGGCAGAAUGUUUCAGGCAAUAAACAGCAAUUAAUUGAUCGUGUAAAAGGGACAUUUAAACUUGGUAUUUCGGACGUAAACGGAGAAGACGAUGGCGUGUUGCAGCAUAAUGCUAGCUCGCACAGAUUUGUUACACCUUCGGGUGAGAAAAUUCCCCAUCCUGACACAUUAGAUAAUUGGACAGAUGAUUAUUCAAAACUCCCGGAAUUUGGAGAUAAAGACAUCUACAAUUAUCUAGUGUUAAAAAUGAAUUCUCAGAGACAUCUCAAGUCUAAAGUGUUCUAUGAAGAUGGACAUGUACAUAAAGUCCAGACAAGUAGCAUCGAUGAAAACACAAGUCAUCUCUACAUCCGAGCAACUGUCAUCCCAUCAUUUCCAACAGCCGAUAAGAAAAAGUCUCCAGAUUAUCGACCUUGGGUUCUCCUUUCCAAAGUGACUGGAUGUGUGCAUUCUGCAACCUGUAAUUGUCCAGCAGGAGAAGGUGAAUCGUGUAACCACAUCGGCGCGCUCUUGUAUGCAGUGAAGGACAUUUCUAACAAAGUGCAAGAUGGCAAGCAUUCCUCAACAUCUCAAAAAUGCAAGUGGUCAAAUCCCAGGAAGAGGAAAUUAAGUCCAAAAAAGAGUCAGAGUGUGAUUUUCAAGAAACACAAGUUUGAAUCCUCAUUGAGGAAACCUGUAAGUGGCUUGUUUGUAAAAGAGAAUGCUACAUUCACAGAAAGUACAGUGAACAUUCAACGACUGAGAAACAGACUUACUGAAAAAUCCUUGAAUGUAGGUUGGCUGCAAAACUUUCCCGUGCACAAGGAACCCGAGCCAUUGAUACCAACUAUCCACAAAGUUGAGUUCAUGUACAGGGACUCGGUGAACUUAGAGUCGCCCGAGUGUUGCACAGUCUUUGAGGCCCAUUUUAGAAAUAUUAACAUUAGUGCCGAUGACUGUCAGGCUGUGGAAACAAUGACUCGGGGGCAGAGUAGCCAGCCAUGGAAGGUUGCCCGAAGAGAGAGGAUAACUUCUUCAUUCUUUGGGAAAGUUUUUAAACGAAAGACUGACACUAAGCCUGACAACCUGUUGAUGGAGAUGCUGUAUUAUGAUUUCUCCAACAAAUCUACUGCAUAUGGAAAAAAACAUGAAAAACCCGCACGGAAAAUGUACGUCUGGAAAAUGAACACCGUCCAUAAGGGAUUGAAAGUAACAGAAUGUGGGUUGCUAGUAAACCAAAGGUACCCACAUCUUGGUUCCAGUCCAGAUGGCCUAGUUUAUUGUCCACAUUGUGAAGAGAGUCAUGGACUUGUUGAAAUUAAAUGCCCCGCAUCAAUGAAGUGGCGGAUGAUCACACCUGAGGAGUGUUGUAAUGACAAAGACUUUUUCUGUUCCCUUGUCGAUGGAAAGGUGGUUUUGAAACAAAAUCACCACUAUUACUAUCAAGUACAAGGACAAAUGGCAGUCAGUGGUCGAAGGUGGUGCGAUUUUGUUGUUUGGACAUGUGCCGGCUUGUCAGUGGAGCGUAUCACGUUCAAUAAUAAACUGUGGAUGCAAAUGCAAGCCAGACUUGAUGACUUCUACAUUAAGUCCUUCAUCCCGGAGUUGUACAGCCUAGGUGUGUAUAGGAAUGUACCUUUAAUUUGAAGAAAUUGAACAAUGGACUGGUAGUACAUAAGAUGUGUCUGUCUAUAAGCAAUAAAAUGAAUAAGAUCAGUACUACUACUAUAGACAUGGUUUCUGUUUGAAAGUGAAAGGUUACUUUUUGACCUUGUGUGUUACCGCCUUGUAUGCGCCUUGUAUGUUUGAAAAAAUAAAUACAUGUUCAUGUUAUAUAAAUUCAUUGAUGGGAAAUAGAUGUACCAUUACAUAGGAUUGUACUCUACAAUGUUUUUGAAUUGUCAUAUGAUAUUAUUAUUUGACUUGAUUGUUUGUUAUGAAUUAUAAAUAAUACGAGAUUAAAUGACUUGUUCAAGUUAAUAUGCAUGAAAUAAAUGUGUGUACAAUGCU